AUGACGGUUCAUCGGCAGAAAAGCGAUAAGCGGAAGAGAACGAAGUCGCGAUUGGUGAAGUUUGAAGAAUUGCCGGAAUAUUUGAAAGAUAAUGAGUUCAUUUUGGAUCAUUACCGGUCGGAAUGGCCGGUGAAGGAUUCUUUGUUGAGCGUUUUCGCGUGGCACAACGAGACGCUAAAUGUUUGGACUCAUUUAGGAGGGUUUUUGAUAUUCGCGGCGAUGGCGGUGGUGAGUUUUCCGGCGGCGACGGAACUCGGAGGAGGAGGAGGUUUUCUCUCUAAAAUUUACAGAGUAGGAGCCGUGGGAAAGCAGAUCAACGGUUCUGAAUCUCAAAACAAAGGCUCUCAGGAUUGGCAUUUGAGACAGAUAUUGGAAGUAACCAUCUUUGAUGGAGUUACAGAAACAAUUCCAAGAUGGCCAUGGUUCAUUUUCUUAGUUGGAGGAAUGUGUUGCUUAGCUUGCAGCUCUAUUUCUCAUCUUCUAGCUUGCCACUCCAAACGCUUUAACCUCUUUUUCUGGCGUCUAGAUUACGCCGGAAUAUCAAUUAUGAUAGUAUCCUCUUUCUAUGCUCCAAUUUACUACGUAUUUUUCUGCAAUCCAUACGCAAGAUUACUCUAUUUGACAUCAAUAUCAGUCCUUGGAGUAGUCGCAGUAAUAACCCUUCUUUCCCCGACACUUUCAGCUCCUCGGUUUCGAACCUUUAGAGCAUCAUUGUUCCUUUCAAUGGGAUUUUCUGGUGUUAUUCCAGCAGUUCAUGCACUUGUAAGCCACUGGGGUCAGUCGCAUAUUGUAGUUGCAAUUGGAUAUGAGGUGAUAACGGGGAUUCUGUAUGCCACAGGUGUUGUGUUUUAUGUGACUAGAAUACCAGAGAGAUGGAAGCCUGGAGCAUUUGAUAUUGCAGGACAUAGUCAUCAGAUAUUUCAUGUUUUUGUUGUUCUUGGGGCACUUGCACAUAGCACUGCCACACUUGUCAUUAUGGAUUUUCGAAGGGGAUCACCCACCUGUGCAUUUUAG